AUGAGCUUCGAAAAUGGAAAAACUAGCGACUUGGACGCGGAAGUGAUUAAAGCACAGUUCAGAGAAAUCACAAAGAGUUUUAACUCACUUAGAGAGAGCAUGGCCGCGAUGAGGAUGAACAACUCCGAUUCCGAUCAGAGUGAGGACCACGAGAUGCAAAAAUGGCGAGGAAAGCUUUGCAUCAACGGAGAGAGCGAAGAUUUCGCGGCGGAAAUGCUUCUCCUGCCGAAAGUAAAAGGCUACGGGGAGGAUAAACACGGUCGUUUUCAAAUGCACUCUCAUCUACCGACAGCUCCAGAGACAAAGGAAAUGCAAGACCCCAUGAAGGAAUACUCACUCAAAUCAACAGAAACUCAGGAAGAAGAAAUGGAUACAACUACCGAACAGGCAACUAGAGAAAAAGAGACUGGAGAAAUUUCGGAAUCAGUCACCGAAACUGCAGGCGAACUAUCUCAGAAAGAAGGGGAUACAGAAAAAUCCGCAUCUACUUGCUCGGAACAUUUUCUUGAUGACGACGAUGAACUUGGCAAAACACGAGCGAGCGAUCACGCCGAUACUCAGUCACUGAACAAUACUGAUGUUGAACUUGACUUGGCGCAGAAAUUAGCGGCUGAUGCAAUUUCCGCUGCUGUAGCGCAGAUGAAGAACGAGACCACUCGAAAUGAAGAAACACUCAAAGAAGAGACCAGCCCAGUAGAAGCCCUCCCCCGCAGAUUUCCGACUUUCGUCGAUUUUAAACGCAUCGAGAGAAAGGCGAGAGAAAAUAUUUUCUGUAGGAAAUGGUCACAAAAAAACGAAGUCGCUGAAACAGAGAACGACAUGGCAGCUCAGUGCCAGGACGACUCGCGCACUUCAACAAAACUGCUCUCCCUCGCAAAUGAAGAGGAUGAAACCGAGCAGGAAGCCGCCGUUGUGCUUGUCGAAACUCGUAGCGAAAAAGUGCUGGAUACAGUCGAUGAAGAGCCAACUCGACUUUCGCCUGUGCCGACGAAAGAUGCGUCAGAGUCAGUUGAAGUCAACGAGGACAACAUCGAUACUGAAGCCGAGAAGAUGACAACAACACCUGAACUUGAAAAGCCAGAUGACUUGGAAAAAGUUGAUAAGGAGGAGAAGAAAGAUUCAGAUACGAAGGAAGAUAAAGUGAACGAAAAUAAAUCUCCAGAGACAAUUAUCCAUCGUGAAGAGCCGGUAGAGGUUCUUGAAGAUACCCAGGCCGUCCAAGAAGUCGCUGCAUUGGAAAAGCCGGAGAAAAAAGAAGGUGCGACAAGUGAAAGCGAUGAAGAAGAGCUCAGUGAAAUAACGACUUCGGAGAGCAUCGGAACAAAAAUCCAAGAACUGGCACGUAUCGCUAGUCAGGCAGCGGCGGAAAAUGAAGAAGAACAGCCGAAGAGCGAUAUUAGUGAAGAAAAGAGGAAAUCUGAAACCGAGUCGGACGUUCUCGCGGAAGUGACAGAAAGUGCACCCGAGAAAAGUGUGAUAGAUCGUCAAGAGGAAGAAAAUUAUGAGCGAAAAGAAUCUUCUAGCGCUGAGAUACAGGAAAAAUCUACUGAAGAAAACGCAGCAAUGCUCGUGGAAGAAGAUUUAAACGAGGUGAAUGAAUCCGUAACAGAUGCAGAGGCACAGGAACCCAAAGAAGAAGUAUCUCAAGAAAAAGUACCUGAGGUAGAACCUGUGCCAGCGGAGGUGAUUUCAACAAACUUUUCAACGGAGACAGAAGUCACAGCCGCUUCUUUGAUUACUCCGAAUGAUACUCUCGAUAAUGAAAACGAGAGCGAUCCAUCUAUGCUCAAUGUGGCAGACAAGGUCACGCUUCAUGAACGUUCCAUCCAGCUCGUCACUGCUGGAAUGAUUCCAUCACGUAAAAGCUCAAUUCAGACCGACAUCGCCGAUUCAUCCACCGUUGAAGAAGUACUGCCAAUCAGUACCAGAAAAUCAAGGUCAUCAUCUUCAUCUUCUAAUGGGCAUAAAGACGAAAAUCCUGUUGAAUCAACUCCAAAUAUCGUGGAGGCAAAAGAAGAGGCGCCAAUCGAGUCUCCCGCCGAGCCAGAAAGUAUUGAGAUUGAGGGAGAAGCCUUGGCAACCUCUCCCGAAGAAUCUCCACUUGAGACAUCUGAAAAGAGAAGUUCUUCCCCUGAAGCGGCGCCACUUGAACCGGAAAAGUCUGCUGAGCACAAGACAGACCAAAUUGCACCAGUCGAGAGAGUCGAGGCAACGGAGACUAUUGAAGAGGAGAAAAUGGUCGUUGAAGACAAGGAAGAUACCAAGAUGUCAUCUGAUGCUGAAUCAGAACUAAAGGAGCCUCUACCAGAAAAAGAGGAAAUAGAGGCAUCGCUAUCCCCUGUUUCUGACGAAACGAAGCUUAGUGUAGAAACUACCUCUUCUGUUCUCGAUAAUGACGAUACUCAGGAGACCACUUCAACUUCCUUGGCAAAUAUUCCAUCUCCCAUCGAGCCUAACUCGCCAGCUGAAAUACCUGAUAUGUCUGAUGUCACUUCUUCGGAAGCACCCCCGAUGAAGGAGCAAGAUUCUAGCUCUGUUCCAGAUGAGGAAAUACCAACCGCAAAAGUUGUCGAAUCUGAUACAACAGUUACAUCAGUAGAAACUCUUCCAGAAGUGCCGAAACCAGCAGAGGAACCAAAUCUGGAAGACGAUGCCACUGGGUCCGAAAAUACAGUAACUGCGGAAAAGCCAGAAGCGGCGACUGAUUCAAAGGAACCUGACGAAAAUCUUCCCUUGGUGAAAGAAUCGAUCGACGUGCCAACGGAAACCCACGUCCCUUCUUCUUCCGACACUGAGUCCGAACCCACUGUCAUUCUUCCCGAGAGUAAGCUCGAAAUGGAGGAAACCGACUUGGCUAGUGAAAUCGUGAAGGAAGUCGAAGAGCGAAUUUCGAAAUCUGAAAUGGAAGCAAAUAAUCUCAAAGAAGUUAAGGCUGAGGAGAAAUCCGAGGCUGACGUUCAGGUUGCUGAAGAAGUGCUCCAAAAAGAUGUUUCAGAAGAAGUCGCUCCCGAAGAAGAUUCCGUCGUUCAAGAGGUCGUCGCUGUAGUCGUGGACGAGUCUGCUGCGCCAGACGCUCCCGGGAAGCCACUCCGCUCCAAAAAGUCGCCAUCAUCGUCAGACAACGAGGAAACACCUGGCGCGCUCGCUGCAGAGAAUGAAACCCCGAAAAAUAAAGACGUCAAGGAUGAACUUCCGACGCCAGAGUUAAUCGACGACAAGCUUUCUGACGUGAGGAAGAAAAACAAGUCACGACGAAAGCGCGACAUAGUCACCUGCAAGUGCUGUUAG